GCUACCGAAACCAAACACAUUUUUUCAUUGAAAAUGUCGGCCUGCUGCGUGACUGGAUGUAAAAACCGACAUUCUUCAAGCAGUAAACUGAAGUUUUACAGAAUCCCGACCGGAACCAGACCGUUUCAGGCGAACCGGAGGAAGUUAUGGCUCCAAAGGAUCCGAGAAGUGAACGGAGAGGAGAUCAGAGCAAACGCGAAAGUUUGUGGCGCUCAUUUUAUAUCAAAGGAAUUGUCCCUGGAGCACGACAGCCCUGACUUCGUGCCCUCUGUGUUUCCCUCCACUAAACAGAGCCCCAAGAGAAAAGUUAAGAGGGAUUAUGGAAGUAGAAAGAGGUGGCCCCGUGCAGCCAAAAUGAAAACGGAAGAAGAAACAACUUCACCUCGAGCUGAUUCUCCUGAGGAACUCCAGACUUCUGAUCUGUUUGAGGAAAUACAGAAAUCACCAACUCCAUCACUGCAAGAGGCAGGAGAAUCGUUGACUGAAGAGACUGAAACUGAAACCACAUUAAGCCCAAACAAAACAGCGUCACCAUUUAAAGCUCCAACGGGCGUCCUACAACCAAAUAUGAGUCCCGUCGUGUUCCUGAAACGCGUGUUCCUGCCCGCCGGGGGGUUCAAGUGUGAGCAGUGCAAUCAGAACUUCACUAAUAUAUCACAGCUAAUGAAACACAAGAAGCUGCAUGAAGAACAAGAACAAGUAGAGGAACAAGAAGAACACGUCGAGGAACAAGAAGAACAAGAAGAACAAGAGGAGGAGAUUGAAGAAAACGCCUCCUUCGUCUGUGAGUCGUGUGGAAAGAUCUUCUCGGGUCGUGCUCUUUUCUCCGAGCACGAGUGUGAGCUGUCGUUCCCGUGCAACAUGUGCGACCGAGCGUUCGCUACGAGCCAAAACCUGAAGCGCCACAAACUGCAGCACGUCAGAGACAACAGGAAGUGCCGAGAGUGCGGCACCAUGUUCUGCAAACGCCACAAACAGACUGUUGUCGUGUCGGUCGCCGAGUCUGCUCCCGUGUGGGAAGAGGAACCGUCCAUCGCCGAGCCGAAAAAUAUAUAUUUGAUGUCAGAACGUGUGCAGGAGGAGGCCAUUCCUUCCGCUUCACACACGGUUAGCUUACCAAAGAUCCAUCCGAUGCUAAUACCUGUACCGCUGUCAUUAGAACCCCCGCUGAUUGCCAGGUUAAAGCCACGCAUGUGCGACGUUCUUCAACUCUCAAUCAAACCUCUUCCCCCUCCACCACCUCCGCUCAGACCCUCUCUGCAGCUCUUCUCUCCACGCUUCCUCACCUCGGCGCUCCUACAGGUGGACAGAAAUUACGACUACAUGUUGAGCAAACCCGUGCCGGUAAAGAAGAACAUUGUGAAGGAGGAACCGCUGGAGCUGCCUCUGGUUCUCCCCGCAGAGAUAAGCGUUGAAAACAUUAAGAAAGAACAAACUGCCUACGACAUGGAGUUCGCGAUCUGAUCUGAAAUCUGUGAAGACACUUUGAAAACAAACACUGUUUUAUUGCAAUUUAACUUAAAGUGGUCAAACUGGCCUUUUAGCCUCAUCUGUAAGGUUUUAAAUCUCCCUUCAACUUAAGCUGCUUUCCAGACAAAUCAAGGUAGAACAGUAAUGAAGUCAAUUGUAUUGAAAACAAAUCAUUUCUAUAUUAAAGUGUAUCAUUCUGCAGAGAUCGCCUGGCUUUACAUCAUAUACUACAGACUUAAAAAUCACUACGUAAUCAAUUGUUUGUUAAUGGAUAAUAAGUUAAUAGUGUAAAGGUCAUCAAUCACAAAUCAUAUCACAAUUGCAAUAUCAGUCAAAAAUAAUCACAGAUAAAUUGCUUUUCUAAUUAUUUUAGCCCCUUCUCGAAGGUCAGGAUUUUCCCAUUCAUCCAUUUUGAAUUUCGGAAGAUUUGACAUCCAAAGGGUUCAGGUACACCUCUCAAAACGUAAUAACAAAACCAUGAUUGACAAUGAUAAACUGAUGUGUCUAACUCCAUAGCGCUGGCUCAAAUAUCUUUUUAGCAUUUGUGAUAUUUCCCUGAUUUAUUUUGGUGCAGAGGAGAUCACUUUUAGAGUUUUCUCCCAGUAACUUGCUACAUCACAACAUAUUUAGAUCUCAAUGUACAUGCAAUACAGCUUUUAAGUGUAUGAUAUCAUGUAUUACUGUCAUUAAAUACUGGCAUAUUUACUUCA